AUGAAUCACGAGAGCGACGACGACGCUGCGGUAUCGACGCAUCCCGAAAAGAUCACUGCGAGUGCGGGUGCCGAUGCCGGUGCCGUCAAAACGGAUCGCGUCAACCAGGCGAAGCAGGAUGACAUCCGUGCUGCCUGCGUCGAUGUGGAUAUCCCGGAGCUUCAGCGCCUCGCAGAGUCGCCGGGCGGUUUCCUGACAGACGGUCUGCGCCGGCUCGCCUGGCCGAUACUGCUAGGCCUACCUGUGCUAAGCACAAACGACGAGCCGCUCUCCGCGUCCGAGCAUGGCGAUGAUACUCACGAUGAUAACGAUUAUGGCGGCUGGAAGGAGCUACCACGCCACCGCGAGGAGGAUCAGGUGCAGCUGGAUGUAAACCGCUCUUUUGUCUACUACCCUACGAACCUCUCCGAGAGCGCCCUCUCGCGGCGCCGUGCGCAGCUUUCCGCGCUCAUCUGCUCCGUACUCCGCGCACAUCCCUACCUGUGCUACUUUCAAGGCUACCACGACAUAUGUCAAGUGCUGCUUCUCGUCCUGCGGCCGACCACCACGGCUACAGAGUGCCUCGCGCGCCUCUCGCUGCUGCGGAUCCGCGACUUCAUGCUGCCCAACCUCGGGCCCACGACCGCGCAACUGCGUCUUCUCCCUGACCUCCUCGAGCGCGUUGCCGACCCGGCCCUCCGACGGCACCGCAUCGCCGCCCUCGACCCCUUUUACGCGCUCGCCGGCACCCUCACCAUGUACUCGCACAACAUCGAGGGCUACCGUGACAUUGCGCGCCUCUUUGACGCGCUGCUCGCCCGCGAACCCGUCUUUAGCGUGUAUCUCUUUGCCCAGAUCAUCCUUGACCGCCGCGACGAGCUCCUCGCCGUCGCCGCCGAUGAUGAAGAUGGCUGUUCUGACAUGCUGCACGUCGUGCUGGCGCGCGUGCCCGCAGAGAUGGACAUUGACGGGCUUGUACGCCGCGCUGCCGCGGUGUUUAAGCAGCACCCCCCGGAGACGCUGCCGGCGUGGCGCCGCAUCUCGCCCGCCAGCGCGCUCAAGACGGCGCGUGACCACCCGCGGCGCGCGGCGGCGCAGAGCCUCGCGGACGGCGAGGCCUUCUUCGACAGGCAGGCCCGUGAACUGCGCUGGCUGGACCGACGCAACGCGCUUCUCAAAGUCGCCUGGGCCUACCGACGCCCGGCCAGGGCGGUCGGCGUAGCCGUGGCCGUGGGCCUCGUCGCCUUUUACAUGCGUCGCAACCCAGCUCUCAUAAACCAUGUCUUGUCUUUUCUCGCUAGGUGA